CAGCAAGGAGCAGGUGCUGGAGCCGUUCCUGGCCCUCCUGCCCCGGGGACGCGGAGCCGGGCGUGGGGGCGAGCGUGCGCACCUGCGCCGCGGCCGUGCCCUGGCCGAGGGGUUUCAGCCGGGGCAGGAGCAGGACGAGAAGCCCCAAGGCGCAGCGAGUGUGCAGGUCGAGGAGGUGUCCUCACACAAGAUGCCGUCCACUGCGGCACUGCAGGACCCUGGUGAUUGCUGUCUGGAGGACCCAACGGCCCAUCGUGCGGACAGGCCUGUGGCAGAGUCAGGAGAAAGGGAAACCCCAGGGCCUCGGGACAAGCCACCUCCUGUCCCCAGAGAGGAGCCCCUGCCCCCCCCGGACUCAGGUGCUGGGACCCUGAGCAGCGCUGAGCAGAAACCUCCUGGAGAAGAGCCUGUGAAGCUGGAGCUGCAGAGGACUUGCCCAGGGGGACUGGAGGAGAGGGGCUCCCUGACACCUGAGCCGGGCCCAGUGCAGAAGGGGCACAGCAGGCCUCCAAAGCAGAGACAGAGCCUGGAGGUGAGCAGGGCACCAGGUCCAUUUGGGGGAAAGCACAGCUGGGGCAGAGCGCAGGAGGAGCCAGGGGGGCUAUAAAAAAUGUGGGGAUCUGAAGAGAGUCAAGCCUGAGAUGCUGAAGGCUGCAAACAGCACAAGCUGGCAUUAGCAGGAGCUCCCUCCCAAGUUCAGAUACCAGGCAUGCUGGCAUGGGAAGGCCUGGUGAGAGUGCAUGGAGACGGGGCUCCCUGCCCCUAAAAGUGCCAGUCCAGUUGCCUCAAAGGACCAAGCUGACAGACCAUGAUGGGCUGGGCAGAGGCCGACACGUGAGCUCCCAUGUCCACAGCUGCAUCCACCUCAUGCGUCAGCUGAGUAACGGGAUGUUGCAGCCCUGCCUGUCCUGGCUCUGCACUACAGCUCAUUGCAGGCUGAGUGAUUUCAGACAGGGCCAUGGGGG